GGUCCAUGGUGCCUGUGCGGAAGCCCGGCCGGCCGCUGAGAGACUGCCCCCAUUUGCCAGGUAAAGACUGCGAUUGCAGCAGCGAGUCCAAGGCGGCGGCGGUGGCGGCGGCGGCGGUGGCAGGCUCGGCAUCAGCACCACACGGCAGCAGCACUGUUAUUAAUAAUGAUCGAACAGCCAGACCACCAACACGGACUGGUUUAGCCUUGGAGCUUAAUAUUAGCUCGAGGUACGAUCCGCCAGCGUUGGCGUACCAGGACCAGACAUACCAUUACGAUGACAUGGCCGGGUCCGGGCCGGUCGGGCCGGACCCGGGACAGCUUUGCCAUCACGAUGUUCUGCCCAUAACCAGCAUCCCCUUCGCAGCAGCCGCCCAUAUAUAUCUGGGGGGCACAAUACCGUCGCAACCGCCAUCUACGCUAUUAUUAGGUAUUGUCACCGAACCACCAAGUCUCGAGCCGGCCACAGAUUCCGAGCAGCAGCAGCAGCAGCAGUUCCUCGACGCCGCUGGCCCUCAAGACACGCUGGACGGCUUCUUCUCGCCCCCCGGCCGACGAGAAACCUCGUAUUAUUAUCCGCACACAAUAUAAAUGCGGCGGCCAGCAGCAGCAGCAGCAGCAGCAGCAGCAGCAGCA